GACGGUCCAUUUUAUUCCCCUUUUCCCCUUCCCUGAUUUUCGUCCACAAACGAGAAAAGCCGGUGGCGGUAGAAACUCGAAACCAAAAUACGCAAAAACUCGAAAAAACCUCCAAAAUUUAUCGCCCUUCUCACAACUAGCCAAAGCCUCUCGAAUCUUUAAUCACUUCCGUCUCUGCCGUCGCCGUUCAAUAGGGUGCUAUUAGAGCCGUACACCUGUUUUGUUGCUAUGGCAGAUAGCGAGACUUCUGUAGCUCAAGCAUCGUCUGUCGCUGCAUAUGUCUCAGAUGGCUAUCCUUCUGCUGUUUCCACUGAUGCCAAUGAUAAGCAUGUGGAGGGUUUGGUUUCAUCAGGUGCAGCAACUGCUGUUACCGCUGAAGUAACUGAUAUGGUUACUGAUGCUUCACAGCAGACAUUGGAUACUGCUCUGAGUAAUAACGCCAGCAUGCAACUUCCUGGAGCAGCAGAUUCAUCUCAAUUAGCUAUGAAUGGGGAUAAUGCCAAUGAAGCGGGGAAUGGUGCAUCUACUGUUGCUGAGAAUGGGAUUACUUUAGAAAGUGCGCAUGGUUCUUCUGCUGCCCAUCAGUUUGAUGGUUCUGCGUUAUCGACAGAGGAAGAAAGGUUAUGGAGCAUUGUCAGAGCUAAUUCUUUAGACUUUACCGCCUGGACUGCCCUUAUAGACGAAACGGAGAGAAUGUCCGAGGGUAAUAUUGGGAAGAUCCGAAUAGUAUAUGAUGCUUUCUUGGCUGAAUUCCCUCUGUGUUAUGGCUAUUGGAAGAAAUAUGCAGAUCACGAAGCACGACUUGGUUCCAUGGAUAAAGUUGUGGAGGUUUAUGAACGAGCUGUUCAAGGUGUAACAUAUUCUGUUGACAUGUGGUUGAAUUACUGUGUUUUUGCCAUAAGCACUUACGGCGAUCCAGACACUAUCAGAAGGCUAUUUGAAAGAGGAUUAGAAUAUGUUGGGACAGAUUAUCUCUCUUUUCCACUGUGGGACAAAUAUAUUGAAUACGAGUACACACAGCAAGACUGGCCCCGGGUUGCAAUGCUGUACUCGCGCGUCUUGGAGAACCCAAAUCAGCAGCUGGAUCGUUAUUUUGAAGGUUUCAAGGAGCUAGUUGCUAGUCGGCCCCUCUCAGAGCUGCAGACGGCUGAGGAAGCUGCUGCAGUUAUUCAAAAUUCUGAAGCUGGUAAUGAAGUUGAGGGUGAGAUUCGCCCUGAUGAUGUGGAUCAGUCUUCCAAACCCUUAAGUUCCAGCUUACAAGAUGCUGAGCAGUUGGAGAAGUAUAUUGCCGUUAGGGAAGAGGCGUAUAAGAAAGCUAAAGAGUUUGAUUCUAAGAUCAUUGGUUUUGAAACAGCUAUUCGAAGGCCAUAUUUUCAUGUGAAGCCCCUCCAUAUUGCGGAGCUUGAAAAUUGGCAUAGUUAUCUUGAUUUCAUUGAAGGAGUGAAUGACCUCAAUAAGGUAGUAAAGUUGUAUGAGAGAUGUUUAAUAGCCUGUGCUAACUAUCCUGAGUACUGGAUCCGAUAUGUCCUUUGCAUGGAAGCCAGUGGAAGCAUGGAUCUUGCCGAUAACGCUCUUGCACGGGCCACUCAAGUCUUUGUAAAGAGGCAACCGGAGAUUCACCUCUUUGCAGCUCGAUUCCGAGAGCAGCAUGCGGAUAUUGAAGGAGCUCGUGCUGCAUACCAACUUGUACAUACUGAAAUUUCACCGGGGCUUUUGGAAGCAAUUGUGAAGCAUGCAAAUAUGGAGCAUCGCUUAGGGAAAAUGGAGGACGCUUGUUCAUUGUAUGAACAGGCCAUUGCAAUUGAGAAGGGGAAAGAGCAUUCACAAACGCUACCAGUGUUAUUUGCUCAGUACUCUCGGUUUCUGUUCUUGGUUUCUGGUAAUGUGGAGAAAACCAGAGAGAUCUUUGAUCAAGCAGUUGAGAAUUCUCAGUUGUCAAAGUCACUUCUUGAGGCUUUGAUUCACUUUGAAUCUGUUCAAUCCCUUCCAAAACGGAUUGAGUAUUUGGACUCAUUGGUCAAUAAGUUUAUUGUUCCAUCUGCUGAUAACCCAAAUGUUGCAAGCAUUGCUGAGAGAGAGGAGUUAUCUAGCAUUUUCUUAGAGUUUCUGGACCUUUUUGGAGAUGCGCAAUCUAUUAAGAAGGCUGAUGAACGGCAUGCCAAGCUUUUCUUACCUCACAAGAGUGCACCAGAGUCGAAAAAACGUCAUGCAGAGGAUUAUUUAAUUUCUGACAAAAACAAGGUAGCCAAGUCUGGUCUUCCUUCAUCUGCUGUGUCAGUAAUGGGUGCUUACGGUAGUACACAGAACCAGUGGCCAGCAAAUUAUGGUGUGUCUCAAGGUUGGCCUCCGGCUGCCCAAGGCCAACCACAACAGUACCCUGCUUAUGUCCAACAGCCUGCAUAUGGUACGUAUGGUACUUAUGGAACUAGCUAUCCACAGCAACAAGUUCCUGCACCAGUGCCACAAACUGCUGCUUACGGUGCUUAUCCUUCCACAUACCCUGCACAGCAGGCGUUUGCUCAACAAAGUUACCCGCAAGCAGCUACUGCUCCAACUUUGACUCCACCGGCUCAGCAGCCUAGUGCUGUUCCUCCUGCAGCGUAUUAUGGCACUAGUUAUUACUGAAAUCCAAAGAGUAUGUUGAUCAAUUUUUGUUGCCAGUUUAUUGCCUGCAGAAAUUCAGAGUGAGGAGCUUUUUUAAUGCAUAGUUUCGGCAAGACUAGUUACUGAGUAGGAAAGCUUCUUUUCAGUAUGCUCUAACUUCUCUCAAUCAGGUCUAAUUCCAUGUGGACUUGGAAUUGUAUUUGCCUAGGAUUUGUUUACGUUUUUGAUUGUGUAACACACUUGGGAGCGAUUACUUUUCCCUCUUUUUUGUUUAGUAGAUUACCCUGUUGAGUAGGAAAGCUUUACAGUGUACUCUUUAACUCUUAAGUCUUAACUUCUCAUUCGUGUCUAUUCGAUUUGGGCUUUAUCUGUAAUUGAAAUUGUGGUGCUAUCUUGCUUGACAUUAGUAGCAUUAGUUUUGUGGAGUCGAGAAACCGAUGAUUGGUAUCGUAUAACUCUAUUUUCAAAAAUGGAUGGAAAUUUUUUUUAUCUAAUUCA